AUGUUCCUCGACACUGCGCAUCGUCCCGCGAUCCACCUUGCCGUUCUCGCAUCGCCUCGGUCAUCGCACACACAGUGGGGCAAGCGCUUCAUCCACCUGGCAAUUUUUGGCACCCAUCCUCUUGCCUCUUCCGCCAUCCGUGCGCCAGAUCGAAAGCGUCGCGGGCUUACGAUGCUCGAAGCGUCGCACAGUCGCGCCGCGCUGAUCUGUGCUCGCGGAUGGCUAGGAUGA